AGUACGUUUUUAGCUGCCGUUGAGAGUGGUGGUUGCGCGUGUGUUGCGGCGUGUAUUUUGUGGUGUAUGUUUUUAUAUUUUUAAAACACAAUCCUUGUGUGAAUGCUUGCGAUGUUUUGAGCAUAACUGCAGGAACGCAACAAUUAAAUAAGUCUAAUAAACGGCGGAAAUUACGAUACGCAAGUUCUCAAGCAAUUGCUGCGAAAAAGAGUGAACAAGUGCACAAUAGAGUGAAACGCAACCAAAAGUGAUACAAAAAAUCUAUAAAAAUACCAAAAGAAGAAGAAUAAAAACAUAAAGCUGAAUAUAUUUAAUAAGCCACAUUGGUAAUAAAUUAAUUAAUAAAAUGGGCAAACUGCUGAGUCUGUUGUCACGCGAUGAUUCGAAUUGCUGCGCCGCUAAAUCCUAUGAUGUUUUCCUAGACUUUGAGAAUGCCGCGCCCACGGAUACGGAGCGGGAGGUGUACGAUGAAGUGGAGCGCGUGCUCAAGGAAUCGGAAGUUGUUUUAGAGGAGAUACAAAUCUAUAAGGGCGCCAACAAAGAAAUACGCGAAGCCAUCGCUGAUCCCUCGCCGGAGGUGCAGGCCAAAGCGUGGUCUGCGGUGCUUCCAUUGGUCAUCAAGCUGAAGCGGUGCUACGAGCACUCCCUGGAGCUGGACAAAAUAGUGCCCAAGCUGCUGGGCCAAUUGGUUGGCGGCAAGCUCAAUCCGACACAGCAUCUGGAGACGCAGCAGGCGCUGGUCAAGCAGCUGGCUGAGAUAUUGGAAUUUGUGUUGAAAUUCGAUGAGUACAAGAUGAAAACACCCGCCAUACAGAACGACUUCAGCUACUACAGGCGCAUUGUCAGUCGACAGCGCAUCGAUUCUACGGAAAACAUGCUGGUCAGUACAGAGCUGGCGAAUCGUAUGUCGUUGUUUUAUGCGCAUGCCACGCCCAUGCUGAAAGUGCUCAGCGAGGCCACAUCCAAAUUUGUGAAUGAUAAUGCGGACGAUGUGCAAAAUACUACAGAAACGCUUGGCACCAUGGCCAAGGUGUGCCUACGAAUGUUGGAGAAUCCAAAACUUCUGCAACAGAUUGAACGGGAAGAGACGCAAAUGCUGGUGCUGCGCGUGAUGGUCGGCCUGGUCAUACUCUACGAUCACGUCCAUCCGGUGGGCGCAUUUGCCCGCGGUGCCCAUGUAGACGUGAAGGGAUGUGUGCGACUAUUGCAGGCACAACCAGCGAUAAAAGCGGAGCCACUGCUGAAUGCCCUGCGCUAUACGACGAAGCAUCUAAACGAGGAGAAUACGCCGAAGAACAUACGUAAUAUGCUAGCCGCAUAAUGCCGGAUUAAGGGCGCGGAUCAAGCCAAAUCGUUUUGUUUAUGUGUAAAAUUUGUAACGUUAACUUUGUUUAAAGAUUUAAACGGUUUUUAUUUAUGUAAUUAAUAGGCUUCUACUACGAGUAUAUAUAUAUAGAAAUAUAAUGUUUAAAUUGUGUGAGUGUUGUGCAGAAAGGAGGCAGCAUUUAGUUUAAUUUAUGCAUUUCCAGCAUUUGUCGUAUUCAUUUGUAAUAAAUAUAUGUAUAUUUUUCGUAUUGAUUGGCGCCUCCUUGAGAAGUUAAAAAGAAAAUAUAUCAGUAACAACAACCAGCAACAACAGCAACAAUAUUUAGAUCAUAAUCUAGCACUAAUAUUAAGUAAUGAACAAACCUAUUGCAAAUUGAAUAAUAAACAACAAAUUAGCGCAAAGUAAAAUAUGAUAGAAAUGAAUAUCCUAAAUUUCAAUUUCAACUACUAACCAGAGAUUAUAAAUUUAAAUACAUUUUUAAAUAA